AUGCUAAACAUCAAGUCUUUGCAGUUGUUGCCUGAUGAAAAAGAUAUCGCAGCAACAAUUCAACAACCUGACAGUCUCCUAGUACCAUCGAAACCCGACUCUCCAGAUUCAGCAUUAUCUCCACGUAACCAAGAAAAUCAAUCUGAAAGACAUGGAAACCACCAACAACAAGAACAAGGACAAGAACGAGAACAAGAAAAAGUAAAGCUUCAAGAUGGAUCAAGAAGUAAACGGAAAUGGGAAUGUAAUGAUGAAACUUCUCGUGUAGAGAUCCUAGAGACGCCGAGGAAUUCGGACAUUAGGUGUUAUUGUCCUCCUCCGCCGCCAAGAAAACCCAAAGCUACUCCGGCGAUGAAAGGGAGAGCUAUGUGGUUAAAGAGAGAGGUGGUUUUCUUGGAUGUAGCUAGAGAGGUCGAAUCCAUGUUUCCACAGUCUGUUCUUCAAGAUUUUGGUAAGAAGAUUAAGAAAGCUAGAUCUUGA